AUGCACGGCGUCAAACGGAGACAAUGGACCAAAGAGCUGUUGAGACAGAAAAGAUCCAAUGAUGCCAUGAAAAUCUCAAAUUAUCGAGCACUUACAGAGGAAGGUUUGACCUUAAAACGGCAGGGUGUUAUAAAUUGGGAUGCAUUUGACAAAACUACUGAAAUUUUAAAUUUGAACCCAGAGUUUAAUGCCAUUUGGAAUUAUAGACGAGAUUUGAUCAAAGCACUUGAAAAUAAUUUGCCUGACAAAUUUUGGGGAAAAGAGCUCAGUUUUACUUUGGAAACGUUGAAAAGGUUUCCUAAAGUGUAUUGGAUUUGGAAUCAUCGAUUUUGGUCGCUCAAGCGGUGUCCUGGCGCGGAAGGUUCAAAGUGGCGUCAGGAACUCAAAAUGGUGGAUAAAAUUUUGAGUCUUGACGCUAGAAAUUUCCAUGGUUGGCAUUAUCGAAGAACUGUGGUCGAGCGUAUCGAAAUUGCUGAGCAGACCAGCUUGAAUCAACAAGAAUUGGCCUUUGCGACAGGCAAAAUUAAUGAAAACAUUUCGAAUUUCUCUGCAUGGCAUCAAAGAGCCAAUUUGUUACCUAAAAUGUUUGCCAAUGGUCAAAUCGAGAAUGAGAGACAGUUUCUCAAGCAGGAACUUGAUUAUAUCAUCACUGCAAUGUUUACAGAUGCAGAAGAUCAAUCGGUUUGGUUUUACAUAAAUUGGUUCAUCCAGGAAUCUUGCAUUACUUCCCGUUGGACUAAACAGGAAUACCAAAAUGCCCUUGAACAAUUAGCGGAGUCCGCGGUGGCCAUCAAUGAAGAUGAACGCGAAUUUUCUGGUAAAGAUAACAGUUGGUGUUUGAAAAUUCUAGUAAUUAUCGAAACCAUAAAGAAACAGAAACUUGGAUGUGUCGAAAACGAACAGCGGUCAGAAUUACUGCAACGUCUCAUCGCCGUUGAUCCUGUGAGAAGGGAAAGGUACAUAUAUCUUUUGAAUGAAUAA